AUGAAGUUUUCCACAGCCUCCGUACUGGCCGCCUGCGUCCCUGCCGUCGCAGGACGCUUUAUCGAAAAAGGCACCGCCAGCGCCUCCAACGAUCAUGUCGUGCUACACCCCGAGGAAAAGUUCCUGAUCGAGACGGCGCCCGGCAAACAGCAAUGGGUCACCGAGGAGGAUAAAUGGGAGCUUCGCCGCAACGGCCAAAACUUCAUGGACAUUACCGAAACCCGCAAUCUCGGCGCCUCCAAGAUUGGAGCCAACACUGUCGUUCAGUUCCCCAAAAAGGUGUCUCAGCAAAAGGUAGUCAACAAGCUCGCCAAGACGCUCUCAAAGAGUGAAAUGCAAAAGAACCUCGAGAAGCUUACUAGCUUCUACACUCGAUACUUUCGAUCCGAAACCGGCCUGCAAUCCUCGGACUGGGUCCUGGAAAAAGUGAACAGCAUCAUCAAGGAAGCAGGCGCCGACAAGACGGUCUUUGCGGAGAGUUUCCCGCACCCCUGGCAGCAGCACUCCGUCAUUGCCACUAUUCCUGGCCGCACCAACAACACGAUUGUGAUUGGCGCCCACCAGGAUUCCACCAACCUCUGGCUGCCUUCGGUUCUCGCCGCCCCCGGCGCCGACGACGACGGCAGCGGCACCGUCACCAUCAUGGAGGCUUUCCGCACCAUUCUCCAGUCUCAGGACAUUGUCAACGGCAAGGCCCAAAAUACAAUCGAGUUCCACUGGUAUAGCGCCGAAGAGGGCGGGUUACUCGGAAGCCAAGCAAUCUUUAGCGAAUAUGAGCGAGGUGGCCGGGCCGUCAAGGCUAUGCUCCAGCAAGACAUGACUGGCUACAUCCAGGGCACUCUCGACGCUGGAAAGCCCGAGAGCGUCGGUGUCAUUAUGGACUUUGUCGAUCCUGGCCUGACCAAGUUUAUCAAGGUCGUCAUUGAAGAGUACUGCGAUAUUCCCUGGGUCGAAACCAAGUGCGGCUAUGCCUGCUCCGACCACGCUUCGGCGUCCAAGGCUGGCUACCCAUCUGCAUUUGUCAUCGAGUCUGCUUUCGAGAAUUCUGACCCUCAUAUCCACACUACCGAGGACCUGAUUAAGUAUCUCUCCUUUGAUCACAUGCUCCAGCACGCCAAGAUGACGCUUGGCUUGGUCUACGAGCUCGGCACCCAUGACUUUGACAAGGACGGCGGCCUUGACAAUCUCGAGCUGUAA